CACCAAACGCGCUGGAGAUUGUAUACAAAACCGUUCAAUAAUUUUUAAAACAGCUCCGCCGCGUGUGUUUAUUUUCAAGUUUAAUUAAAAUACAAAAAAAAAAAACGAAAAACAACCAAUAUCCUAAUAUAUUUUUUUGUAAACAAAAACAUCAACAAAAAAUUUAGAACAAAAAUCAGUGAAUAAACGUGUAGUAUCAUCACUGUUGUUGCUGCCUUUGUGGUCAAAUUUGGUUUUAGCACAAAGAACUACCUCAUCUUUAGUACAAGGAUCUCUUUUUAAAGAAAAUACUUUAAAUCCUGUUACUGCUUUAUUAUUGCAUAAAAAUCUAAGCACAAUGCCUGAGAAACGUGUUGCACCUGUUAUCAACAGCUUUGAGGAUUUCGAAUUGAAAUUGCCCGGUUUCUUAAAUAAAAACAAACCCCUGGCCCUGCUCUUCGAUUACGAUGGAACCUUGGCUCCCAUUGCUGAUAAUCCCAAUAAAACUGUUAUGCCUGUCGCCACCGAAGUUAUCCUGAAUAAAAUCGCUAAACAUCCAAAUAUUUUCCUGGCCGUCAUAUCCGGCAGAGGCAUUAAGGACGUACAAAGUAGAGUGGGUAUUAAUGGUAUUAUGUAUGCCGGUAAUCAUGGUAUUGAAAUCGAAAGUGCCGAUGGCAGUAGACACGAUUAUAAAUUACCCAGUGAAAUUCAAGAGAACUAUGGCAAACUUGUUAAGGAAUUGAGAGCAAAUGUUGAGAAAAACAAUGCUUGGGUAGAGGAUAAGAGAGUUUCGCUUACCUAUCAUUAUCGUGAUACUCCUCUGGAUAUUAAGGAAGCCCAAAAACAAGUGGCCAUUAAAAUUAUUGAAUCCUAUGGUUUUAGAGCCAAUCAGGCACAUGAGGCCAUUGAAGCUAAACCACCAGUAAACUGGAAUAAGGGUGAGGCUGCCAUGUUUAUCUUAAAGCAUACUUUUGGGGAUAACUGGGCUGAUGAAAUUAAAGUGAUAUUUGCUGGUGAUGAUACCACCGAUGAAGAUGCCAUGAAGAAACUUCAAGGUUUGGGCAAAUCAUUCAGAGUUUCUACAGAUCCUGAAAUUCAAACUUUUGCCGAUUUCCGCCUUUCCAGUCAAGAUUUGGUUAGUGAUCUUUUGAAAUGGAUUUCUAACACCUAUGGAGUCUAAUUUAUUUAAUAAUUUUAUUAUGAUUAUUAUUAUUAUUUUUUUAUCUUAUUGUUUAAAUAUUGUUAUUAUUACUGUUAUUUAAAUAUUUUAUAUAAAAUAUUACACACAAACACACACACACCUACAUUUAUACCUAUAAUAUUUUUUAAUUUCUAGCUUUUAAGUGUAAACAUUUAAAUAAUUAUUUUAUGCUUUUCCUUCUUUUUUUUUUUUUUUGUUUCAAAUAUGUAUAUCAAAUACUAUAUCAUAUCCUUUUGCUCUAAUGGUACAAGAUUUUUUUAGUAAAAUUAUGGAAAAUUUCAUUAUUAACUGUUCCUUUUUUUAAUGGAAAUAAAUAAUAUAUGAUUUCAAAACUCAA